ACCAUAGUCUGUAAACUUGAACGAUGGCAAUCGUAUUUAGCGUAUGGAACUGUGUAGCCAUUUUUUUCCUGUAUUCAAAAUUCCUACAGAGCACAGUUGAGGCAGGAGGUGAUGCCCAGAAAUGUUCCACAUCAAGAAUACCAUCAUGCACCUCAAAAUAUACCAGUGCGACAGCAGUAGCCGAUGACAAGAAUACAGUUUGCAAUGCAGGAAAUUCCUUUCUGGAUUGUGUGAACAAAGCUUUAACUGAUUGCAACGUGGAUCCUUCCUCUUUAAGUGAAACAUUGGCUCCUGUCAAACAGGUCCUUUCAGAGGCUGGAUGUGGAGGUGGAGGUGAUGGCCAGAAAUGUUCCACAUCAAGAAUACCAUCAUGCACCUCAAAAUAUACCAGUGCGACAGCAGUAGCCGAUGACAAGAAUACAGUUUGCAAUGCAGGAAAUUCCUUUCUGGAUUGUGUGAACAAAGCUUUAACUGAUUGCAACGUGGAUCCUUCCUCUUUAAGUGAAACAUUGGCUCCUGUCAAACAGGUCCUUUCAGAGGCUGGAUGUGGAGGUGCAAACGGUUCCGGAAGUCUUAUUUUCAACUUGAUCGCAGUAGUGUCAGGACUUACUUUUUAUAAGUUGUUUUAGAGGGGAAAUGUAUUUCAUUGUAUGAACAAAUAUACUUGUAAAACUAUUUAUAAAUCAACAGUCAAACAAACCUAUAUACAGACACAAUCUUUUUGGGCACCCUUAGAAAUUUUAUAUUGUCAAUAUUAACUUA